AUGACUGCGGCUAAAGCGAUACCGACUCUCCAUGAGCUCAAGUCGUAUGACAUGCUCGCGGUUUCAGCAGUAUUUCUGGCUCUGUCUGCUAUCACAGUGUUUGCUAGAAUAUACGUUAGAGGUUGGAUGAUUCGAGCGUUUGGAUGGGACGAUUGGCUUAUGAUGGUUACUUGGGUCUUAUUUGUGAUAACAACUUCAUUGCUCAUGACCAUUGCGAGGGCAGAGAUAAUUCCCCCAGGCGUUGCGGAUUCAGACACCGUAAAUGGCAUCUUGACACUGGUCGUUUGCAUCUUCGGUCUUUAUAUCCUAACGACCAUCAUCUUCAAGCUUAGUCUGGCGAUUUUUUUCCUUCGUGUCAUCAACGAAAGGUGGCAGCGUCAGGUCAUCAUCGGCUCGGUGACAUUAUAUACUCUUUUUGGAACCGCCUGGCUUUUCAUCGCCAUCUUCCAAUGUGUACUCAACGCAGUCACGGAUUGGAUCUUUGCAAUUACCAAAGUUCCCAUUUUCGUCGUCAGAGCUGCACAAAUGGGCAGGCAACAAAAGAUUACGGUAUGCACUAUCCUUGGUCUUGGUGUUUCGGGCAGCAUCUGUUCUAUUGUGCGUCUGGCCUAUGUCGAUGUCAUUGGCGUUCCAAUGCAGGAUCUGUUGGUCUCCGCUCCCGACUACGGCAUCACAUCCAUCGUUGAACUCGGCCUCGGUAUCACCGCCGCUUGUCUAGCAACUCUUCGCCCUCUGUUUGCCUUCUGGUUCGACAAAGCACGAACGAACUUUUCGUCCUCUCGCAGCAGAACUCCCAGAAGCACACCUAUGGCAUUGAGCGGCAGUAAAGGCGUCUCUGGAUCUUAUGUCACCUCUGGCCAUAACAUGGGACCGAAAGACGAUGGUUUCGUCACUGUAACCAAGGAGUUGCAAAUCUCCACAAAUAGACACAGUGUUACUGGCGAAGCAUUGGAAUUGCAUGUCAUGAGUCCGACUUCGCCACGCCAACUCCGUUCUGCCCAUCGAUCACGGAGUCGAUCUAGUGAAGAGUCUCUGCUGGAAGUUGUCUAA